GGGUUAGGAGACCCGCCGAGUGACGUGAGCUCGGCACGUGUUCGUAAAGCGCCGGUAACCAGCGGAGUUGGUUCCCGUAGUUCCAGUAUAUUGUCAACGGAUGGUGCCGGAACAUCAAGUGCUGUUAGCAAUGUCGCCUCACCUGUUAGCAGCACCUCGAGGUUAGUAUGCCAUAUCAAAGGCGGAUCAAUUUCCAGAAUAACAAACUGAACUAUCCUAAUCUCAAUCUUAACCCAAAAUGUUAAUCAUUACUGUCGUUCCAAUUGAAGUGUUGCUCAAAUAUUGAUUCAAUAAUACAUUACCUCGGGCUGACCAAUUCAUUUGAUCAAGUUCCUCGAGAUAUUCAUACACUUCCUAGUAUAAUUGUAAACUUCCUGCUGAAUAGUUUGAAUGCACCAAUCACCUUUGUUGUUUGUGCAACUAACCAAUCAUAAAUAGAAAGGAAGUGAUCAGAAAUGAUCAAAUACUUGGAAUUGGCUCUUUCACAGGAAGUGUAUGAAUAUCUCGAGGAACUUGAUCAAAUGAAUUGGUCAGCCCGAGGUAAUGUAUUGAAUCAAUAUUUGAGCAACACUUCAAUUGGAACGACAGUAAAGGGCAUAUGACUCGAAAAUUGACGGUGUUAUUUUUUAGUCUAAUUUGAAAGAUUAUUGAAAACUGUAGAGUAACUUCUUUGAUAGAUUUUUGUUUUCUUGCUUCGUUUUGGAGAUAUUUCAUUUUGUAUGAUAUGCAAAGGACCAACUUCCUACGUCACAUAUGCAUAAUGAUUUAGCCCUAAAAGCUGUAUAUCUUUAAUAUGACUAAACGCAAUCACUAGAAAACUUACAUGGGUGUUGUUGUGGACAAAUCUCGUGCUCAUCAUUCGUUUUGAGCGAAUUUAUUUGAUAGCAACAAAAUUAUAUAACAUUUUAAAGUUAAUAUAGGUUAAUAAUCUUAAAUGGAAUGGGCAUAUUGCCAUGAUUGUUAAAAAGGCCUCCAAGCGUUUUCAUAUUCUUAGAGUACUUAAACGGAGUGGAAUCUCACCUCAUGAACUGAUCCUUAUUUACUAUAUGCUCUCAUUCGCUCCGUACUAGAGUACUGCUGCAUUGUAUGGCAUAACAAUCUACCAGUUUAUCUGGCGGGCUCAAUUGAACGAGUUCAGAAAAGAGCACUGAAUAUAAUCCUCCCUGGCAGGUCUUACCGUGAAGCUUUGAGUCAGCUCCAUUGUUCUCGCCUAGAUGAGAGACGCGAUGCUUUGUGUGAAAGAACGAUUAAAAAGAUAACUGAUGGCAACCGCCUGUUUUAUCUCUUACCUCAGACUAGAGAAAACGUGAACUACGAUUUACGUAACGCUAACAAUUGGUCAUUGUUCAAAUGUAGAACUGAUCGUUUUCAGAAAAGUUUUUUCCCAAGUAUGAUUCGAGUUUUAAAUGUGUCAUCAUGACACUAGUUUUUGAAUAUCUAAACUAUUAAUACUUUCCUCACACCUAAAUUUUUAAAUUGUAAAUGUAGUAUUAGACCUGUUGUAUCUUUAGUUAUGUAAUUAUUGUAAGCACAUUGUAAUUCAAUUUUUUGUGAUAGUGUGCCAUUAAAAAAAAACGCAUAUAAAAGUCAUUAUGCAUAUGUGACGUAGGAAGUUGGUCCUUUGCAUAUCAUACAAAAUGAAAUAUCUUCAAAACGAAGCAAGAAAACAAAAAUCUGUCAAAGAAGUUACUCUACAGUUCGUCAAUUUUUUAGUCAUAUGCCCUUUAAUCUUAAGCCUUGUUCACACUAGCAAUUUUGUCGGUGAUUUUGUGUUUCUGACGGAUGGAAAUGAGUGAACUCGCACACAACAGUAUAGAGUCGUUUUUCAGAAGUAAACAAUUCCGAGUCUUUUGCAUCUCAUUCAUUCGAUCACAUUUGCCAGGAGGAGAAAAAUCGCCGACAGAAUUUGACAUCUUGUUGGAUAGUAAACUGGUGUUGUUGUGUUGAAAUAAUAUUCAACUUUGCUUUAAUUUUGUUAGGGAAAGCUCGAGGAGGCGCACAAGACGCGUUUCUCACGAUGCUACAUCUCCACAGGUAAGCGCUAUAGAUUACUGUUGUGUGGUGUGCUUUGGACCGUUGCAUAACUAUUCCAUGUGGCUUGCACAAGGGUAACAUCGUGCCCCAGCUAUGCAGUAGUGAUGAUUUGAGUAUCAAGGCUAUUUUCCCUCCUUAAAUGCGGGUAGAGGGAUGGGAAAAGAGGGCCUGACACACAUCUCUGUGUGGCCCCAAAUCCUAUUGCUAAUUCGGUAAUAUACAUAUUAUAUUUAGCAAUUAUAUUACAACUAUAAUUAUAUUGUUGUUAUGUGAAAUGGACAUUUCCUUUGGGACAUCUUGAUUGGAUAUACUAUAUGGCUAGGGUCACACUGUACCGGAUAGAAAACACCUCCUAUCCGUACCUUUUUAAGAACAAUACUUUCAGCGGAAUUAUUGCAACUGGGAGAUGUUGUUUCGCUCAGCUUCCGAAAGUUGUAGCUACAUUUCGUAUCGGAUAGGUGGUUUUUCACGGUAUGGUGUAAACAUAGCCUAAAUAUGAACUUUACUUUGUGACUAUAUUAAUUCCCAUCUCCACAAAUUCUCGUCGGAAAAAAUGUUGAAAUUGAAAAUUUUCAACUUUUAACAAUGAUAUUUUCGGAAAAUUUCUGUCCGUGGAAUUUUUUCUUGAGUGGAAAAUUUCCAUGUUCUUUUAUUUAUCGUACCAAAAUCUUUCUUUACAGGAUCAAGAAGACGUGAGCAACCUCGUUGAACAACUCUCUAGUAAAGAUUGGCAAGAGAGAAUGCAUGCAAUUGAUACGAUGGCAGAGAUGAUUGAAACACGCUUGCCUUUGUUUACGUCAAAUAUUGUCAAGGUACAAACUACUUAGCUUUGUGUUUUUUUUAGCAUUUCAAUUGGUCAUUUUUAAUCAAAACUGUUAUUUAUAAAGCCCAUUUCCACUCAGGAAAAUUUUCCACGAAAAGAAAAUUUUGUAAAAUGUGAUUGGCCGACACAAAUUUUUCGUCGGAAACUUUCAACUUCAAAACCAUGAUUUUUUGAAGAUUUUCUGUUCGUGGAAAUGUUUCGUGAGUGGAAAUAGACCUAUACAUGCAAUCAUGGUCAUGUUUGUUUUUUGUAGAUAAUGGAUGGCUUUUCUCCCCGUCUCAUCGACAACAAUAGCAAGGUAUUUAUUAUUCGCUGAUUUUUCAUUGGAAAAUAGUUCCUUGGCUGAAUUGUCAUGGGUUACUGUACUUCUACCACAUGAUGAUGUAAAUUAAUUUGUUGGUAUAUAAAAUAUACAAUAUAAGUUGUGUUUUUGUUUGCAAAUUAUCAGAUUGGACCACAUGUAUCCAUUGAGCACCCCCCGACUGACUUUGUGAACCAAAAUACAAUUGGUUAGGUUCAUCAUUGCCAUUGGUUUAAACCAAGAUUUUGAGAUAAACCAACUUGUAUUAAAUGCAGUACAUAAUGAUCACACAAUCAUGCACAUCAAAACUAAGUUCUUGUAGUUUUCCUUUGCACAGUUACAUAUAGGCAUUGUUAUUAUAUAUCUACUGUAGUCUUUAAUCUCGAAGGAUACAUGUUUCAAAAGUACAAUAAACCGUGCAGGGGGAUGGAACUGAGUUGCUAAAUAUAGGUUGAAAAGCCUGCGUGUAUAAUAUAUAUUUUUUGAGACUAUGAGAUUAAAUGAAACCUUAAAUUUAGGGGCUGUUUAUAUGGUCCCGCUUACCUGGGAUUCAAUGAAGUGUGAAGUAUUUUGAGUAAUUGAAAUAAGUCGCACUUCAAGAUGUAACAAAAUUGCUUGUUACAAAUUGGAUAUAAAAUUCCAUGUUUUAGACAUAAAACAAAUGUUGUCGAAUGCUAUCAAUCGUCUUCUUCCACUACAUAACUUCUAUCGCGUUCCUAAUUUCGUUUAAACAAUAUUUAAAGUUAUCUAACUUGUGUUUAGGACUGAAAAACGUAUUUCAAUUGCUCAAAAUACUUCACACUUCAUUAAUUUGAAUCCCGGGUAAGCGGGACCAUGUAUAAACAGCCCCUAAUAGCAACUCAUUUCGUUGUUUCUUAGGUGAACCUACAUGCACUGCAAUGCCUUCAUCGUGUCAUUCCAACAUUACGAGAACCUCUUAAAGGUUGUAUCACAUCUAUUCUCCCGACUGUCGCGAAGAACCUUGCUUCAAAGAACAGUAAUAUUGGCAAUAUGGCCGAGAAUGUCUUGGAUAGCUUUAUUAAACAUCUUGGUAAGUAUUAUUAACAGGGGUGAAAAAUAUUUUACUUUCUGGAACCGCAAAAGAACAUUGAAAAGUUUCUGCAAAUAAUCAAGUAAAUCCACACUCGGACACUGUAACUGUGUGGCACUACUGUCAAACUGAAUGUCAUGCUCUAUUUUAACAGAAAAAGAAUUAAUUUCAGUUCACUGACAAUCUUCAUAAUACUUUUAGGAAUAUGACUAAAACUAAUAUAGAUAACAUACAUCAGGCUGUCUUUGGCAUAACUAUUCAACUUGGAUGGUUAUGCCGUUGACUGUCUUCGGCAUAACCACUCAACUUGGAUGGUUAUGCCGUUGAAUAUCUUCGGCAUAACCAUUCAACUUGGUUAUGUGUGCAUGACACUAACAAGUUGUCAAACUGAAUGUCAUGCAAUCUUCAUAAUACUUUUAGGAAUGUGACAUAAAUCUUCGGCAUAACCAUUCAACUUAAAUGGUAUGCUGUUGAAUGUCUUCGGCAUAACCAUACAACUUGGAUGGUUAUGCCGUUGACUGUCUUCGGCAUAACCAUUCAACCUAAUUCAAAAAGUUAAUCAUAACGCUACAUUUCGGUACGAUACGAUUGGCGUGAAAAACUGCAUGGCCUAAGACUCAUACCAGCAUUAUGUCAAGUCUCAAAAAAUUACUUUCGAUAAUACACUCGGAAAAAGCUGUGAUUUUCAUGUCCAGAAACGGCCUGCAUAUACCUGAAUAAAGCAUUAGCAGAAAGCCAAUGGACUAUAGAUUUAAAAUAUGAAUUGUUUAGAUUCCCGCAAAUUCUUGCUUCUUCUCUACAGGGCCUGAAACGGAAUAGAACGCGCUCCUAAGACUCAUACCAGCAUUAUGUCAAGUCUCAAAAUUAUUUUCGAUAAUACCGACUAGGAAAAACCUGUGAUGUCCAGAAACGGUCUGCAUAUAGAGAAUAACCGCGGAGCCCCCAAAAGCGCGGGGCCCCCAAAAGCGCGGGGCCCGUGGCAUAUGACACUUCUGCCAUAUGGUUAAUCUGGCACUGCCCGCUUUGCAUUUGGUAGAGUGGAUCGAUAUCGCAAAUACCGAAUACCGAUAUACCGCCAUCAGAAUACCGGUAAAUACCGGUAUUUUUAACGUGUUUUUUUUAAGCCAAACUGAACUGCUGACCGUCGAGAAAAAUCAAGUUUUGACAAAAUAUUAGUGUGGCACAUACUGUUAUUAGUGCAAAUGUCACAAGAUUCGCAUUAUCAAGCUAUGUUAACGGCGCCAAGCGGCAAUUAUUAGUAGGCCGUCGAUUGGGCGUCGAAGUGUUGAAUCAUUCAGUACUACAAGGUGAUGUAAAUCUAAUUAACUUUGCUUUCUAAACGUGAUUGUAAGCAAGUUUGACUUGAAAUAGCGUUUCAAUUCGGUAUUAGGCAGCAAAAUACAAAAAUGUCGGUAUAUCGGUAUUUUUAAAUUGUGAAUAUCGCCAAUACCGGUAUCUAAACAAAUACCGGAUAUAUCCGGUAUAUCGAUCCACUCUACAUUUGAGCAUAAUUUUCCAAAGGCAAAGCUUGUUUUUACUCAGUCAAAAGCAUUUGUUAUAAUAGGUUGUGCCAUUUCUCUUUCGCUUUGUUUUGUUUAUGAAAAUGUGAAUUCCAUUUCUAGAUAAUGCACGUCUUCUUCAACCUCUUUGUCAGUUUAUUCUGCUCGCUCCUGGCGGAGUGCAAAACAGACCUUCCGCUGUAAAGAAGUUAUUAA